CCCGACCCGAUCCCGGUAUAACAGCUGUCUGGAGACCUUGCGAAAAUCGCCAAAAGAAUAGAAAGAGAAUUUGCGCUGUAUUCCGGCACUCGUAUGAAAAUCAACAUUUUUAAAAGAAGAAUAUAUAUGGGCAUCUGUUGGCAGAUUUAGCACAAUCGUAAAGUACGGCUGUUUUCUUUACUUAGAUGACAAAUUACAAGUUUGUUGUUGUUUUUUUUCAUUUCAGUUUUCAGGCUAUUUUGCAUGGAGGAUCUUUCCAAGCCCAGUUGACUAAUAGAAAGAGAACAAAGGUCUUUGUCCUUUUUAAAUUCUAACUGAGCAGAAGAAGUAGCAACACGGAGUUUCCAUUCUUAUGAGUAUUGAGCCAGUGUAGAGUGUAGAGAGAAGAAACAGUUCCAUUUCAUCGGUUGGACCUUUCCAAAUGAUUGACUUGUCCAUUGCCUGGGGCGAUUUCAGUUGACUCUCGAUGAUUCAAUUUCACUGUCUAAGGAGAAGACUGUAUUCCUUUCGGAUGAUUAUCAACACUGUGUUUUGGUAAUAUCCCUAAGCUAUAACUCUAACUUUACGUUUUAACAAAACGUCGUGUAUAAAAUAUUUUGUUGACAUCAAACAGUGUCAAUGCCAAAAGGCAAAAACAAAAACAAAAUUGAUGUGGGCUGAAAAUGUGGCCUUUGCACCCUGUUCAUGUUGUAAGACUUUCAGGGUUUUCAACAGAGUUUUGCAUCUUAAACAGUGAAUUAUUUCUGACGAUGAAAAUUUAGCCAAGAAAGUCCAACAUGACUCAAGUCGAACCUUUAACAACGUCGCCAUCUGAAGACAACUCGACAACCCAAAACGAUGACGUCAUCUCAUCUGCAGUGGUUGGUGACAUAUGUCGUGUCUUUGGCGUCUUCUUCGCCAUUUUCGUCCGAGUGCUCCUCGUGGUAUUCUCGCUGUUCACUGUCUGGCUCGUAGUUGCUAAAGUGGGAAGCAACCUCUACUGGUUAUUGGUAUUGCCCAUCACACUCAUCGUCGUUGAAGGAAUCUACACGGUGAUCAAGCGCGGAGGGCAAGAGAGAAAGUGGGUGUGCUGGUGUUUUCUCCUGUACCUGGUGUCCGUGGUGCCGCCCAUCUGGCUGCUAGAGCUGGACAGAUUGGACGAGUUCAACGACAAAUAUGACGCAGCAGUUGGGGGAGUGUCCAUCGUUGUGUCAGGGGUAUCAGCAGAUAUCCACCUGGACUCCAGUGCUGUCCUGUCUGUCACAGAGCAGUGUCUGGUGUUCUUGCUCAUCCUGUGUCGCUGGUUGCUACCACGAGGGGACAUCACUCGGGACCAGCUUUCCCAGCUCCUUUUCGUUUUUAUCGGCAUGGCGUCUGACGUGAUGGAACUGUUCCAGCUGUUUGAUGAAGAGGAGGUCAGACAGGACAAGACCCUCACAUACGUCAUUUUGGCCGUGUGGACAUUCAGCCUCUUUCAGUUCAGUCUGGUUCUGACCAUGUCUCAGAGCCCAAAAAAACCUCGGGCGAUAGGAGGUGUGCCAGAGUCAAGACCAGGUGAUCCUGGAAAGGACGGCAACAACGACAACGACGACCGUAGAAAGACUGAUGAUGAUGGCGAGUCUAGGGCGAACUUAUGUAGCGUUCUAAUUCAUACCGAAAUCUGGAGCUUGAUAGUAACCAUUUCCAUGCAAGAUGGGCCUUUUUUGUGUGUGAGGUUGUACACCUUGUUACAGCACGACCUCAUCACAUAUUCCAUCAUCUUCUUCACAUGCAAAAACGUUCUUGUUAUCCUUUUGCUGCUGUAUCGGCUUAUCGUUGUUAUCCUCAAACGGAUGGAAGAAAAAAAUGAUGAAGAAAACUCCAAAGUAGACACGGCAGAAUUUGGCGAGAGACAAGAUGGAAUCUUGCGUCAAGAGACAAUUAUUCACAACGACACAGCAAUAACCGUUGAAAGUAACGCGAGUGGCAACAUGGCUAUUGCUGAAUCGACCAAUCUCAGACAAGACCCGGUUCUUUUGAACACACCUUCUGAUUCUGUGGAAGGCCCAGACCACCAAAGAGCCUCUUCCUGGAACCCAAAAGACUCCCGGAUACUUAUACACGUCGGCGGAGGCGGCCGACAUGGAUCGUUACGAAAAGAAGCUCCUCAAGAUCAACGUAGACGGCAACCUUCUAAGACCAGAUUUGACCAAGACGAUAUGAAAGUUUGGUGACCAUCAUGCCAAAUCUAUCUAUAUAUAGUAUUAAAUAAUAUGUUUAUU